AUGGAGAAGAAGGUGGCCAUAGUUGGAGCAGGGAUAAGUGGCUUGGUUGCAUGCAAGCACUUAGUUGAAAAGGGCUUCAAACCGGUUGUCUUUGAAGCCGGUUCAUGCAUCGGCGGCGUUUGGGCUCAAACACUGGGCUCAACUAAGCUCCAGUCUACGAGGCUGUCGUACCAGUUUUCCGACUUCCCGUGGCCGGAGACGGUGACGGAGAUGUUCCCUUCGCACGUGCAAGUCAUGGAGUACUUGGAAUCAUACUCGCGGCACUUUGAUCUCCUUCGUUAUAUCCGAUUUGGUGCAAAGGUGGUGGGAAUGGAGUUAGCCGGAGUUGAUGAGGAUGAGAUGGGUUGCUGGGAACUUUGGUCUGGCAACGGAGAGGCUUUCUCCAGCGGUGGCCGGAGAGGAAUGUGGAGACUUACUGUACAACUUGAGAAAGAACAGUGCAAUGAGGUGGGUCUUUAUUCUUUGCAUAUUUUUCCUUGCAAAACCUCGUAAUUCCAUUGGUGUUGGAUUUCCUGAACU